GAAACUUGUAACAAUUAAUUAAUAUAUUUAUAAUUUUAAUAUAUCUUAGUAUGAUUAUAUUAAUUUGAAAGUUUUUGACGAAAAUAUUAUUAUUUUACAAUGAUAACUUUAAACUUUAUUAAUACAUUUGAUAGUUUAACAAAAAAUCCAUUAGAGUAUUUAGAUGUUCAAACUCAUGUUAGUGAUAAAAUAUCAAACUUCCUAAAAGAAUUGUAUGAUUCAACUAAAUCAACGGAAGUUAAUUUAAAAAAUUUGGAUGAUGCACUUCCAGAAUUGAUAAUUAAUGAAUUUGAUGAAGAGCAAAUAUGGCAAGAGUUAGAGCUUCAAAAUUCUACUCGUUUUAAAUUUCUUGCUAAAAAUAUUCAACAAAUUACUGAUAACGAUCUAAAUUUUCUCUCAAGUGUUGGAAAUAAUAAAAACACAAUUGAAUCACAAAGUGAUUCUGAAGAAAAUAGUGAGUGUUCAUUUGUAAACACACAAAGUGAAACUGAAAUACAAGAAAGUGAAAGUGAAAAUAAUGAAAUCAUUGAUGACAGAAAUACUUUAAAAUCUAAUUAUGUACUGAAAAAAUCAAUUGUUGAUGAUGACUUUUUUAAAUUGUCUGAAAUGGAAAACUUCUUGUUGUCCGAAGAAAAGACUGAAUCUGGAAAACAACCCAUAUCUAAUGAUGAUGAUGAUAUUGAUUUAUUUCAAAACCUUGAGACCUCAGAUAAUGAAGUUAAUGAAAAUUAUGGACCAAUGUAUAAUGAUUUUUUUGAAAACAAUGUAAUCAAGUCAAAUAAAAGUAAUGCCAGUAAAAAAAUGGUUCGAUUUGAAACAGAUAAUGAAGAUAACUGUAAUGAAAAUAAUAUUGAAUUGAACUCGGGCUCAAAUGUUUUAUCAAGCAUGGAAAAACGAUCGAAAAGAAUAAAAGAAAGAAUUGCAAAAUUAGAAGAAGAAGCAAUAUCUGAACGACCAUGGGGUUUAAAAGGAGAAGUGUCUGCCAAAGAUCGUCCUCAAAAUUCGUUAUUAGAAGAAGCUGUUGAAUUUGAUGUUUGUACUCGUCCAGCCCCAAUUAUAACUGAGGAAACUACAUUGAAAUUGGAAGAUAUUAUUAGACAACGUAUCAAAGAUAAGUCAUGGGAUGAUGUGGAGAGAAAAAUUAAACCAACAAAGGCGCCACAUGAAUUUAAAAAACAGCUUAUUUUAAACCAAGAAAAAAGUAAAGAAAGUUUAUCGCAAAUUUAUGAAAAGGAAUUCAUUAAUCAGAGAGAGGCAGCUAAUCCAGAGAAUAAAAAUAAACUUGAUGAAGAACCUAAGGAACAUAAAGAAAUUGAUUUGAUGAUAAAAGAAUUAUUUAAAAAAUUGGAUGCACUGACAAAUUAUCAUUAUACUCCAAAACAGGCCAUUCCUGAAUUAAAAAUUGUCAAUAAUCUUCCAGCAAUAUCAAUGGAGGAAGUAGCUCCUACUACUACUACAGAAGCAACAUUAUUAGCUCCAGAGGAAAUUCAAAAUAAAUAUAAAGCACCCAUACUUGGUAAAGAAGAGCGCACAGACACAGAUAAAAAACGUGAAAGACGAAAGAAAAAACUAUUACAACAUAAAAAACGUUUGAUAAAGGAUGCUAAAGAUAAAGAUUUAGAAAAAACAGGAAUAAAAUUUAAAAACAAAGAAAAUUUUAAGCAACUGAAACUUAUUAAAAAUGAUGGACGCCAAGUAAAACAAUUAAAAGCUAUUGAUGAUAAAAGUAUGAAAUCAUCAAAAGAAUUUUUUUCAAGAUUACAAGAUGAAGCAAAGAAAGAAAUAGAUAGGAAAAAAAGAAGUUCAAGUAUAAAUUAUGAAAAAAAUGGUAAAAAAAUGAAAACUAAAAUUUAAAGUAAUCAAUUAAUAUAUUUUUGUAUAAUAAACUUGUGUUUUUAAUA